CUGUAUUAACUUUAUCUGUCGUGAUCUACGUUUGAUUAAAAACCAAGGAAUUUCCGCACUAAAUCGCCAAACAACAAUGACACUUCUUCAUCUAGGAUCUUGUCCAAGAAAAUUUUAAUGUGGCUGGCAACAGUGUGUUGUUUGCUAUUAAAAACUAACCUCAAACUUGAAAAUAUUUGUGAUGGGAGUUUCUAGUUUAUAUUUAUAAUUUGGUGGUUUACAAUUUAUCUUUGCCUUUGAAGUUUUGGAAAAUAGCAGUGGUGGAUAGCAACUGUCGUAAAAACAUAUCAGAAACAUGAAUGUCAUCUUGUACAGUAAUUUGGUGUCUUUCAUCAGAGAAUACAAAGGGCUUUCACAUGAUUGCAUGAAAGCUCUAGUUAGUAGAUUUCCAGAACAGAAUUAUGACACCAUAAACAGCAUUCUCCUGACAGAAUACCAAAAACGCAUGAAGCUGAAUCACAUCAAGACACAGACAAAUAAAGCUCAAUACUUUGAUUUUUAUCAGAAGGCUGUAGCAAAUUGUGAAAGUCCAGGUAUCAUACUACGUAUGGCAAAACACUUUGAUAUCGCUCCAUGUUUGAUAGCUAAAUUGAUUCUAGCACAGUAUUUCGAACUUAAUGGAAGUGCUGAUCAAAGUAAUUUGAACAUUUAUCUUAGGGAUACUAAAUUACUAGAUGAUAUGGAUUUAUCAUAUGAAAUACAUUUAUGCACAUUAUAUGACAAUAUAUACAGUCCUAUAACUGAAGCAAUAAGAGGCUCACUUGGACAACAGUAUGAAAUAGAACUCUGCAAGAAAGUUAAGGAACUCAACUUGGCAUUCAGGGAUGAAGAAUACUUACGUAAGCAAGGAUAUGAUAAAACCCCAGACUGCAAGUUAGAUGUCCCAAUAGUAGUAGAUGGUUUUAUUGUGAAUUGGAUUGAGAGUAAAGCAAUCUUUGGAGACAAAGAGGUACAUAAAGAGUACAUGAAGAAUCAAUACUUGAGUUACUGGAAUAGGUUUGGACCAGGAUUAGUGAUAUACUGGUUUGGUUAUUUAGAAACUAUUGUAGAGCCAAAUGAUAAGAGGUUUAUAAUAAGGGACAGUUUUCCUGAAAGUGUAAUAUGCAUGCCACCACCUGAUUUUGAAAUGGAACAUUUUAAUGAGCUUAAUAUAUGAUUGAUAGUUGAAGAAAACUUGGCAGAAAAACAGAUUUUAAGGAAGCUCAUGAGCAAGUGACCUUUCCAGAAAAAGAGGAGGCAUUCACUUGAAUGAUUCCAUAAUUAUAUAUAGUCAUGGAAUUCUUGGUUUACAGCUUUCUAAAUUAAAUUACAAUUAAUGUAUAAAAGCAUGUCUAGAACAUUUUGGGGUGGGAAACUCAAUCAGUCAAAAAAAUAUAGUUAAUAUAUUUGAUGACUCCUUUUAGAUUUUUUAUAUACUGCUUUUUUUCCAAAACUCGGUUGUUUACUCUCAACAUUAGUACAUACAUGUAUAUGUAUGUUCAAAUAUCCAAAUAGUUUGCCAAAGCUGAUACCUGUGGUCAGUCUUGCUAUGUUAUGUCUAUCUCUAGCACAUAUGGAGGCAACAAUUAUUGAUGAAAAGCAUCCAGUGGUGAUAUAUUCCUCUGAAAGAUUUUGUAUAGUCCAGGUUAUUUUAUAAUAAAAUUCUCUAAUUUUUGAUGCAAAA